GUUAUUCCCCAUUAAAGAAAUGAUCCCUCGCUUUCUCAAAUCCCGAUACACGAAAAACCAUACCACCAAAACACGUGAUCCUCUUUAAAAAGGUUGAGCCCAUUAGUCCUCCUUUACCUAAUCAAGCACAUCCACCUAGCACCACCUAGCACCACCUAGCAUCUCUAACCUUACCGGGAAUUUUCCUUUCCGACAGCCAAUUGUGGUUCGACAGGCAAAUAAUAAUAAAAUAAUCGGCCAGUGGCUUUAUCCAAUCUACCUAGUAAAUCUACCUACCUAGUACAUCUCUUCCCACUUCCCUACACCUACUUCUUUAAUCCACAUCCUCCUCAUCUUUUUCUCCUGCCCACACCUUCACUUCAACUUCUAAUUAUUUUGAAGUUGUUUCCUUUCCUUUCCUUUCCUUUCCUUCCAUCAUUCGCAAUCAUGGAUCUCUUGUCGAAUGGAACCAUUUCUGCUACUCCAGGUACCUUUUUGGGUAUAUAUGAUGAGCUGAGCAAAUAUAAUGUUCAUCUCAACAUAUUUGAACGUCUUUGGGCUGUAAGUUAUUCUUACAUCUAUUAUCCACCACACUUUUGAUCGCAUACUAAUCGAGAACAUAGAGUUGGUAUGCCUACAUGCAAAAUGAUGUCCUUGCAACUGGUAUCAUGAGUUUCGUUAUGCAUGAAGUGUUUUAUUUCGGGCGAAGUCUUCCUUGGAUUAUUAUCGAUCAAAUUCCUUAUUUCAACAAAUACAAGAUUCAAGGGGUAUGACAACGCAGCAAUUGCUCUUUUCAUAGCAGUACCUACAAAUCAACAUUGGCUAAUCAUACCUCCCAUUCAGAACAAAAUCCCUACUGCCGCCGAACAAUGGGCAUGUACCAAACUUGUACUCCUCUCACAUUUUACCGUCGAACUUCCUCAAAUCUACCUCUUUCAUCCCAUGGCUAAAUAUUUCGGAAUGGGCACCGGUGUUCCCUUCCCGUCUCUCUUCACCAUCGCCUAUCAAGUCGCUAUCUUUUUCGUUCUUGAGGAUACCUGGCACUACUGGAUGCACCGCGCUAUGCACUACGGCUGGCUAUACAAGAAAAUUCACAAAAUUCAUCAUCAAUACUCUGCACCAUUCGGUCUUGCCGCUGAAUACGCAUCUCCAAUUGAAGUUAUGGUUCUUGGUCUCGGAACUGUCGGGUCUCCUAUCCUUUGGGUUUUCCUCACUGGAAACUUACAUAUCUUGACAAUGUAUAUUUGGAUUGUGUGUAGACUUUUCCAAGCGAUUGACGCUCAUAGUGGAUAUGAGUUCCCAUGGUCGUUGCACCAUUUCUUGCCUUUCUGGGCGGGAGCUGAUCAUCAUGACACUCAUCAUGAGAAAUUCAUCGGGAAUUACGCAAGUUCUUUCAGAUGGUGGGAUUAUUGUUUGGGUACCGAGAGCGGACCUGAAGCUGCUAAGAGGAGAAGAGAGAGAAAAAUUGAGAACGAAGCAAAGAAGGCUCAGUAAAUCUUUAUCUCAGUUUGUUCGUACACUAAAGAUGUAGUGAAACUAGGAGGUUGUAUAUUUAGAGAGGGCCUACCAUUUGGGCCCGUUUGAACUUUGGGUGAGGAGUAAAAACCCGUGGAGGUUGGAAGAACAUAUGCAUGGAUGGAUAAAUAGACGACCACGAGAGAUGAGUGAUGAGAGAUUCACAAAUAACUUAUAUUAUGGUAAUGGGGUGAUAGUAAUUGAGAUCUUCGAUAACAUUAUAUCGUGGAAACUCAAUUGCUAUUCAAGGAAAUGCACGGAUGCAGGCGUUAAUGGGGAGAUGGAGGUGGAGCGGGGGAAAAAGGAAAGAGGGUGAUUUAAACUUUCUUCCUUUGCCUCGUUCGUUUUAUAGACCACAUACUUACACCUAAAAUUAAUACAUCUUUUCAUCCGGUGAGUGUUCUGAUGGAGUUCGAUUUCGGAUGUGAUUAUAUACACAUCUAAGUGCAAGUAUAAAUAAGGAUUGAAAUACAAUGAAUUAUCAUAUGAGGUAGGAUUACAUCUCAAGAAGUAGAUAGAGAAAGGUUCCUAGAAUAAUCAUCUCAGAACUU